AUGUCCCUUCCUUUGCUUUGCCUCAGCCUCUUCCUGCAACCUGCAUAUACAUUAAUGGAGAUGUCACUGCUCAAUUGUGAUGUUUACUGGAAACCCAGCACCUACAUGGAGGCAGACAUUAUCCUUGGUACAUUUAUCCCCAUUCACAUUCCACUUGUUCUACCCAAAGAUGUCCAGAACCUUUUUGUCAAAGGAUCAACUUGUUUUUGGAACACCUUUCUUCUGAGAUGGAGAAACUAUCAAUAUUUGCUGGCCUUAUACUUUACCAUUGAAGAGAUCAAUAAGGACUCAAACCUGCUUCCCAAUAUGACCUUGGGUUCCCACAUCUACAAUGCCUUUAAUUCUAACAAAAUAACCUUGGAGGGCCCUCUGAUGUGGCUGUCUGGAAGGAGUGAUUAUAUCCCUAACUACAAGUGCAACACUCAACACAAAGCUCUAGGAAUCCUUUCAGGAAACAAGCCAGAAUUUUCUGCUGCAAUUGCAACACUUCUGGAGCUCUACAAUGUCCCACAAGUCACAUAUGGACCGUUUGAUUCCAUGCUUAGUGAGAAAGAUACAUUCCCAUCCCUUUAUCAGAUGUCUACUAAAGACAGAGGUCUAGCCCAAGGGCUGAUCUCUUUAUUGCUCCAAUUUGGCUGGAAGUGGGUGGGGCUCAUUGUGUCUGAUGAUCAGAGAGGCAGGGAGUUUCUCUUCGACCUGAAAGUAAAGAUGGUACCAGAAGAUAUCUGUGUGGCUUUUACAGAAAAACUCCCAGAUAAGUGGAACUAUAGGGUAAAAUAUGAUUAUGGUUUGCUGAACUUGAAACAACAUACACGAGUAAAUGUGAAUUUAUUCUAUGGUGAUAUAGAUGACUUGCUAUUCUUCUGUGUAGACAUUCACAUUUUUGUAACCAGAAAGAAGGUGUGGAUCUUGGCAAAGCCACACUCAACAUACUUAGAGUCUAUAAUAAAUGAAAAGCAUGUUAUGAUAAACCUAUUCAGUGGAAGCUUCUCAUUUUUAAAGAAGAGAACUAUCCCUGGCUUCAAGCACUUUCUUGAGGCUCUUACACCCUCCCAUUACCCAGGAGAUGUUUACUUCUCUAAAUUCUGGAUUGACACUUUUAAUUGUUCACCUCCUGCUUCACGAUGUGGAAAUCAUAAACCAUGUCCAGUGAAUAUUUCCCUAAAGACUAAGGAUAAAAUAAAUGAUAUUUUGACUAUUUCUGAGCCCAGCUAUUCCAUAUGGAGUGCAGUGUAUGCAGUGGCCCAUGCCCUACAUAAAAUGCUAUUGAGCAAAACUGAAAUUGGAUCUAAAGAAGACAGAAAAACAAACUGGCUUCUACCAUGGCAGCUGCAUCCAUUUCUCAGGAAAAUUAAACUUAUAAAUGCUCCUGGAGAUGCAAUAAGCUUUGAUGAGGACAAGAAUAUUGUGGAAACAUAUGAUAUACAAAACUUUAUUGCAUAUAGUUUUCAAAAUGUAUUACAACUUAAAGUGGGAGAGUUCGUCUUCAAGAGUGCACAAGACCAAGGCUUUUUCAUCAAUGAAGUUCUGAUUCAAUGGCCAAGCAACUUCAAACAGACUCCUCAAUCUGUAUGUACACACAGCUGUGAUCCAGGAUUCUGGAAAGUUCUACAAAAAGAAAGACCUGUCUGCUGUUUUUCUUGUGCAUUUUGUCCAGAGCAGCACAUUUCCAAUCAGACAGAUCAGCAGGAGUGCAUCCCUUGUACAAGUCAAGAGUACCCAAACCAUGAGAGAAACCAAUGCCUGCCCAAGGCAGUGACCUUCCUUUCCUUGGAGGAUCAUCUGGGAGUGGCCCUGGCCUGCACAGCUCUUUGCUUCUCUGUCAGCACAAUUGCAGUUCUUGGAAUCUUUCUCAAACACCAAGAAUCAGCCAUUGUUAAGGCCAAUAACCGGACUCUCAGCUAUAUCCUGCUCAUCUCCAUCCUCCUCUGCUUCCUCUGCUCCUUUCUCUUCAUUGGCCGCCCAAACACAACCUCCUGCAUACUUCAACAAAUAACAUUUGCGAUUGUGUUCUCCUUGGCUAUUUCCACCGUUCUGUCAAAAACUAUAACUGUAAUUCUGGCCUUUAGGGUCACGAAACCAGGAAGAACAAUGAGAAGGUUGUUUGUCUCAGGCAUCUAUAAUGCUGUCAUCCCCAUCUGUGUCCUGAUCCAACUUAUUCUCUCUGGAGUCUGGCUGGGAACCUCGCCUCCCUAUACUGACACAGAUACACAAUCUGAAUAUGGUCAUGUCAUCAUUUUAUGCAACAAGGGCUCAGUUACAGCUUUCUACUGUGUGCUGGCUUACUUAGGGACCCUGGCUCUAGGGAGCUUCACUGUGGCUUUCCUGGUGAGGAACCUGCCUGACACAUUCAAUGAGGCCAAGUUUCUGACAUUCAGCAUGCUGGUGUUUUGCAGUGUCUGGGUCACAUUCAUCCCAGUCUACCAGAGCACCAAGGGCAAAGCCAUGGUCGCUGUGGAAGUCUUUUCCAUCUUGGCCUCCAGUGCAGGGCUGCUGGGGUGCAUCUUUUUCCCUAAGUGCUACAUUAUUCUCUUAAGACCUGAUAAAAACUCUUUGAGAUGUUUGAAAAACAAAAAAGUAGCAUACAAAAAUUGAUCAUUUUGAUUUAGUAUACUAAAAAUAAAAUAUUUACCUACUUUUCAGAAACUUUUUUCUGAAAUGUAUAUUUAAACAAAAAUAAGAGCCCCUCACUUUGUCUCAC